AGCGACGCGACGUUGCAGUAGGCAAAGUAUGGAGCAACUAUAAAAAUUAAACGGUAAAGGUAAAACCACGAGACCCACGAGAGCACGGUGUGCGCAAAUGUCUGCGCAGUAGGCGCCGCUACGUCUGUUGACUGCUGGUCGGUCCAGUAACCACUUAAAGUUUUUUUUCUUUAUUUCUUCCUACGAAGACGUUGUCGCCUGUGGACGACACGUUUAAUCUGCGGCACAGCGGGGCUCCCGGUGGGAGCGGCAGCGGGCCAAAGAAUGAACAGGCCUAAGCAUCAGCAACAGUAUGACCCGAAGAUCGCGGGUCUCUACGAUCUUGGCGACACACUCGGCCGGGGCCAUUUUGCAGUGGUGAAGCUUGCUCGGCACGUCUUUACGGGAGAGCAAGUUGCCGUGAAGGUGAUCGACAAGACUAAGCUGGACGACGUUUCGAGGGCCCACUUGUUUCAGGAGGUCCGCUGCAUGAAGCUGGUGCAGCAUCCGAACGUUGUGCGGCUGUACGAAGUCAUCGACACUCAGACGAAACUCUACCUUGUGCUCGAAUACGGCGAUGGGGGAGACAUGUACGAUUACAUCAUGAAGCACGAUCGAGGCGUCAGCGAGCAAGCCGCACGCAAGUACUUUCGGCAGAUCGUGCAUGCUAUUUGGUACUGCCACAAGCUCCACGUCGUGCACCGUGACCUUAAGCCGGAAAAUGUGGUCUUCUUUGAGAAACUGGAAAUGGUCAAGCUCACGGACUUCGGCUUUAGCAACAAGUUUUGUCCAGGCCAGAAACUCGAGACUUCUUGCGGCUCCCUGGCUUACUCGGCCCCCGAAAUCCUCUUGGGCGAUUCGUACGACGCGCCCAAAGUCGAUGUCUGGAGCCUGGGGGUUAUCCUCUACAUGCUGGUUUGUGGCCAUGCCCCUUUCCAAGAAGCCAAUGACAGCGAGACACUCACCAUGAUAAUGGACUGCAAGUACACCAUCCCCCCUUAUGUCUCUGAUGACUGCAAAAGGAUGAUAGCUCGCAUGCUUAUCCGUGACCCGGACAAACGUGCAAGCUUGGAGGAAAUCGCUGCUGACCCAUGGCUAACUGCAGGCGACGCACCUCAGCCUGCCGACCACCUACCCCUCAUUCAUAGGGAACAUCUAUCCGAGGAGGACCACUCACACAUAAUACAGAAAAUGGUCAAUGGCUGCAUUGCAAACAAAGAUGAGAUUCUUGAGGCAUUGGACCGUAAUGAAUACAAUUACAUGACUGCUACAUACUAUCUCUUGGCUGAGCGUAAGCUCCGUGCACAACGCCAAGAAAAAGCUCAACAGCUCAACCGUACUUCUAGGGCAGAUCUUUCUCCUGUAGCAGUUACACCAGGUGUGUCAUCAGCGACCCCAUCCCCUGCACAAGAGCGGCCUAACGUGGCCCAAGUGCUGGCUUCCCCUGGUGGCCUGCCAAGCAUUGCACUGGAUCCUUCUGUGAGCCACCCCCUCACUUCGCUGCUCAGUGUGUGCUCAGGCCCUCUUGAAGAUGACUCUUCCCUGGCUGUGCCAAGGUCCAGUCUGCCACUGGGGCGGAAGUGCAGCAUAGUGCGAGAAGAAGAUGACAUGUCUUCUCUCGCGCCUUCCCAUUCACCACCCAUCCGAGGUGCAGUUUUCUCAGAGGAAAGUGAAUCAGCGGAGUGUGAUGAACGAGCUGUGCGGCCUGUCCUUUCCCUGCCCACCGCCCCCAGUGGACCCUCUCCACCAAUGCCUGAUGGAGGCUCCCAACGACAAUCGCCCACAGUGCGGCUGCGCUGCAUUCCGGGUCGGCGUCUUCAUGCAGUUAAGAGCUCCCCACAAUUGCUGGGUGGUGCAGGUGACAUUCGUGUGAGAUCAGGAGUGGGCAAGCUGCGUGUGCAUGCAGCAGGCCGCAAUCGAACGACAAGUUGCAGUAGCUCCGAUGACGAGGAAGGCGACAAACGCCGCCAUCCUCCCACAGCAAAAGGCGAUACACCACUCCAGGGAAGCCCAUCAGGCAGCGUUCUUCCAUCACCCCACGCGCAUGAUGAGGGCUACUCGGCAGACAGCACCGAUAGCUUGGACAUUCUACCAGAUCCAGCCCCACGGCUCACUAACUCCGUUUCUUGUGGUGACUUGACAGUGGAGGAAUCUCCUGCAUCCAAAAGUGAUGAGGGCGCAUCUUCAGCUGUCCAGUGUGCCGAUGUAGUCCUUGUAGAAGAAAUGGCGUCAGCGGAUGCUCCACGAAUCUCUAACAGCUUCAGCCUUGCUGCAGGACUAAGCUGCCUUGGGCGUAAGUCAAGCCGUGAUGAGAUGCGAAGCAGCCGGUCACGCCUUGGAAGCAGCCUUGCCAAGCUAGUCCCCAAUGGAAGUCGAAGUAGUGCCUCCAACAAUGCAGGGGCAGGAGCACUGAAGCCCCAAUUGGACAUCAACCAAAAUGGAUUCCGAAAAGGCCGCAGCAAAAGCCAGUCAGGGGUAGUAGAUGUGAAACUCGCGUCCAAGUGCUGCACACUUUGUUGAAGGGAAAUGCUUACGUGACAAUCUCCCAGAACCGAGAAUACUCAGAGCCAUCCUACAGUAGGUGGAUCACAUUCCUGGGGGGACCAUGCCACGAUUGUUUCUUCCAUGAUUAGCUGUUGUUACCCUUUGGCAGAGAGAGCCAGAAAGAGGCUCACAGGCAUUACUUAAGACAGCUUUCCUUUCCUUUGAAAGUAAUCUGUCUUUUGGGCACACUUGUUAGCCACCACUUAUUCAGUCGCUGAAUGCACAGACUGCAACAUUACUUUUGCUUCAUAAAUUAUGGAAAGGCUGUAGUGCAAUCAAUAUCACAAACCAGCACCACCAAAGUUUUAAGAGUUGUGCAUGGCUUAUUCUAGAAGAGCACUGCUUCUUGUAAAGAACUGCUGUCUGUUUUCUUUCUGUUGCUUCUUAUUUGGCCGCAAGAGUUGCUAGCAACUAGAAGCUUAUUAAGCUGGUAUUCCUCAUGGUAUUAACACUUCCUUGUCAUGCAUUUGAAUGCUAGGGCACUUUCACUGGUCACUGUAUUCACCACAUAAUCAUGUCUUCUUCCGUGGGAAAAAGAACGAAAAAAAAAACAACAACAAAAAAGCUGUUCUUGCUUUGAAAUGGAAUGUGUAGCUCCUUUGAGCUUGCCACACAGUCCGGCAUACGGCACACAGAGGGGAGAGGAUACCCUACGAACAGCACAACAAAGUAGACACAUGGUCAAAACAAAGCCAAGUUGUUAGUACAAAAAGUUGUCCUCUUUCCUUAUUUACUCACUGUAACCUUAGUGAUGCUGUACACCAAAGUUGUAGGCAUAGUGGUGGAAGUUCAAAGGUGUUAAUGUCACAUUCCUAAUUCACACAGAUACGUGGAAGUUUAUGUUCGUGUGUGGGCUUCUGUUGUUGUGCAACUGUUCAAUUUACGAAGAAACUGUAGCUAUUGUGUAAUGCUGUUUAAAAGUUGUGGUCGCAGUGCAGGCACUGGUUUCUUUUGAUGUCCCAGCCGAGCUUGAUGUGUCACUUGGCACAGGCUGAAAGGUUUGGCCAUCACUAGUGGUUUUAGAGCUUGAUUUUAGCAAGGAAGUGGUUUGGAAGAAGUGUGCCACUGCACAUAGUUCCUUAAUGGAGAAUUCGAGUGGCCGAGUAUGAUUGUUUGCUGCUGUGGUUGCUGCUUGUGCAUUUAAAAUGAACAUGGGUUGACCCAAAAGUGGCUUGUGCUUUGUUAUCUAUAGGGCGCGACAUGAGUGCAUGUACAUACUAGGUUGUAUAAGGCAAGCUUAUCACUGUAUGCACUCCUUGCCCUUUCCCACUGUUUGUGGUGUAAAGUCAUGCAUCUUGUGUGUGUUCUCAGACCCGUGUCAUGUAACAAGGAGGGUGUGAAAUAGGCCCUGUGCUCUGGUGUUUCAAUUGUUUUGUCUUUGUAGGUGCAUUGUGUGUGCAGGUGCCUGCCUCCUACAACCAACACAACACACACAACAAACAAGAUUACAACUUUAGCAAUAAUUGUGAAAAAUGUAAAUGUAGACUUGUUUUAGUAAAAACAAAAGGUUGUUAACAAACAA